UAAUAUUGUUAAUAAUCGAUAAUAUUGUUCAUUAUUCGAUAAUAUAUUGUUUUCGGUGCAAUGCAAACGCAAGAGUUCGAUACACUUGCGAAGGAAAUAAUUGGCCAACAGGAUCACAUCAACCGGUACCUCGGUAAAGCGGCCAGAGUUUGCACGAAACUUCGCAGCCCCACCGAAGACGACGAUCUUCCCGGUACACUCCUGGCGUUGGCGAAAGAGGAACAGAACUGGCCGCAGCAAUUUCCAUCCUCUGAUUCAGUGGAUCGCCCGCGGGAAGAAGAUAUAGACAAUUUUUUCUCUGCAAUACGAGCACGCCCAACAACGGUUCGAUCUCAACGGCAGGGUUCACUGAAAAAAAGUGCCGCGUCGCUGCACCAGAGCCGCGUCCUGACCGAACACAAUCCGGCGGUGGUCGCCAAUACUUCCACCAGCUCUAGUUGUUCGAAUGUUUCCACCGUCGGUAGCAAAUCAAUGUCCGCUAAGCAUAGCUCUCCGGUUGACCUCGAAGCACUGGUUGUUCGGUUCCGACAAGCGAUAUCUACCUUGGAGCAGAUCGACAAUGCACCGUUCGAGGAGAUCGACCUAACGGAAGUGCACCAUUUCUAUCGGCAGGAGUGGUCCACCGUGGUGAAAUCAUUCGAACAAGUUGAUAAUUUGCUGAUACAGUUCCAGCAACAGGUGGAAGCUGAACGUCGUCGUGAUCGCAGCUACCAACCGAUCAUCAAAAAGGAACUGAUCGAAAGCAUGGAACGAGUGCAAUCGACACUCCACGACGUGUGUUACGUUAAGAGCGUGGAGAACCUGCCCGAUUUGAAGACCACUGUGAGCGAGGAGGCGUUCGCCCUGUCCGAGUGUCUUGAUGUGAUCGACGAAACGAUAAGGCAAAAGCACUUGUAGGCGGUAGCGGUAAAGUGCAAUGAAACGAUCGGAUCACCCGGCGGACGAUCGGCGCUAUCGUCUUCAUAAAAGCGCCAGAUCCAGGUCAGUCGAUGUUGCAAAUAAUAAUCUAUUUCAUGUUACGCACAUCACCAAAAGCCAAGUAACGAAGAAAGAAGAGAACAUUUGACGAUUAGGCUCGUGAGGCAAGAAUCUCGUUUCCGUUGUAGCAGAAGAAUAGAAGCAACACAACAACCAGUAUUUUGCAGGCAUCGUCGCACGGUCGGUAGUGUCGUCGAGUUAUUUAUUCUUAUUUACAUGUAGUUGCAAGUG